AUGUUUCUUAAUAAAUUUAUAAUAAAACCAAUAAAACUUAUUAAAUUGAUAAAUCAUUUACCUUUACGAUCAUAUCAUCAAUAUUAUCUGACAACGAAACUUGUUAAUAAAAAUGUUUUAAAUAUUUUCAAUCAUUUAAAUAAACGCGAUUCUGUAUUUAAUUAUGGUAAAAAUGAAUUUUCUCUCAUUCAAUCAAAAAAUCUUUCUACUGGAAAUGGGAAAAACGAGAGUAAUAUCACUAGUAAUAAUGAUUUGAAUAAAAUAUAUAGUGAUACUUUGUUAUUACCAAAAACAAAUUUUCCAUUAAGAGCCGAUGCUGUUAAUAGAGAAAUUUUAUUUCGAGAUAGGUGUACGAAAGAUUUAUAUCAGUGGCAGUUAGAAAAUAAUCCGAAAGAAUUAUAUAUCUUACAUGAUGGACCACCGUACGCUAAUGGAAAUUUACAUAUUGGACAUGCUUUAAAUAAAAUAUUAAAAGACAUUAUAAAUAGAUACAAAGUAUUAAAUGGGCAUAAAGUCAAUUAUAUUCCAGGAUGGGAUUGUCAUGGCUUGCCAAUUGAAUUAAAAGCCCUAACAGAACUAAAAAAUGUAGAUAAUUAUUCAUUAACACCACUUCAAAUUCGCAAUGUAGCAAGACAAUGUGCAUUAAAUGCAUUAGAGAAUCAAAAAAAAGAAUUUAUUAAUUGGGGAAUAAUGGGAGAUUGGGAAAAUCCUUACAGAACUUUGGAUAAGGAAUAUGAAGUUAAACAAUUACAAGUAUUUCAUGAGUUGUUGAAGAAAGGAUAUAUUUAUAGGCAAAAUAAACCCGUAUACUGGUCUCCCUCCUCAAGAACAGCAUUAGCUGAAGCAGAGUUGGAAUAUAAGGACGACCAUCAAAGCAGAUCUGUUUAUGUAAAGUUUCCUAUGAUCAAUUCAAGUAAAUAUGAACAAUCUAAAUUUAAAAAUUCUUUCAACAUUAUGGCUUAUAUUUUAACGUUGUUAUCACUAGCCCUGGAUUUACCAAUUGUGCCAAGAGAUAAUUUACAUGUAUUAAUAUGGACAACAACUCCAUGGACUCUUCCUGCAAAUCAGGCAGUUGCGAUAAAUCCAAAUAUGGAAUAUUCAAUUGUCUGUCCAACGAAUAUUGACCACAAUACAUCAACUAUACACUAUUAUAUAGUCGCAGCUAAAAGAAUAGAUGCAUUGCAAAAAGUUCUUGGCACAGAAUUAAGUGUAAAAUCUACAUUCGAAGGUCGGAAACUCGUUGGGGCAACUUAUAUGCAUCCAAUAAAUAUGCAACAAUGUAAGAUCAUUGAAGCUUCUCAUGUAACUGAAGAAUCCGGUACAGGAUUGGUUCAUAUAGCACCAGGUCAUGGAAUGGAAGAUUAUGAAACGUGUAAAAAACUAUCUGUUCCAAUGAUUUGUCCAGUUGAUGAAUUUGGAAAUUUUAAUUCUGAAGUAGGUAAUCCUACAUUUGAGGGAAAAUUUGUAUUAACAAAUGGGACAUCAGCUGUAAUAGAAUAUUUAAAAGAAAAUAAUAAUUUAAUUAAAGAAGUAAAAUUUAUACAUAAAUAUCCUUAUGAUUGGAGAACAAAAAAGCCAAUUAUUUUAAGAGCUACUGCUCAAUGGUUUGCUAACGUCGGAGCCAUUAAACAAAAAGCCAUUGAGUCACUUCAAGAGGUUAAAAUGGUACCUGAAGCUGCACGAUAUCGAUUGGAACAGUUUACUUUAUCACGUAGUGAAUGGUGUAUUUCGCGUCAAAGAUCCUGGGGAGUUCCUAUACCUGUACUUUACGAAACAGAGACGGAUAUUCCUUUGUUGACAAAUUCUUCUAUAAAACACAUAAUCGAAAUUGUUAAGGAACAUGGAUCAGAUGGGUGGUGGGAAAUUAAUGAAAAAGACUUGCUUCCCCCCGAGUAUAAGAACAAUGGUAAAACGUAUAGAAGAGGGAAUGAUACGAUGGAUGUAUGGUUUGACAGCGGAGUCUCUUGGACUUAUAUCUUAAAAAAAUUCAAAAGGGAAGAUUCAAAGGCAAUUUCAGAUCUAUAUGUAGAAGGAAGCGAUCAGCAUCGCGGAUGGUUUCAGUCAUCUUUGCUAACUUCUAUUGCUGUAAAUAAUAAAGCUCCUUACUCAGCUUUGAUUACACAUGGAUUUGUUAUGGAUGAACAGGGUCGAAAAAUGUCAAAAUCAAUAGGAAAUGUGGUGGAUCCCAAUACUAUCAUUAAAGGAGGAAAGAACAUUAAAAAAGACCCUGCAUACGGAGUAGAUGUACUUAGAUUAUGGGUUGCGUCAUCAGAGUACAUUAAAGAUGUCAACAUAGGGAACACUGUCAUGAAACAAGUUGGAGAAAACAUUCGGAAAUAUCGUAAUACAGCGAGAUUUAUGUUGGGCAACUUGUAUAAUUUUAGAUAUGAUCAAUUGGUUGAUUAUGAAGAACUUUAUCCCACCUUUUAUGACGAUUAUACCUUUAAUAAAGUUAUUCAAACGCUAAAUUAUUUCACAAAUACGUUGUUAUCGGCAUUUUAUUUUGAUAUCAUCAAAGAUAGAUUAUACGCUGAUUAUUUAACAAGUCAAAGCAGGAAAAAUGUGUUAACCGUUCUUUACCAUAUCUUGAAUGUUUAUGCCAUAACAUUAUCACCGAUAGUUCCACAUCUUGCGGAAGAAAUUUAUGAGAAUUAUAAAACUGUAGGACCCAAAGAAUAUGAUAGUAUUUUCAGAUUAGGAUGGUAUAAUUUGGAAGAAAAAUGGAAUAAUCAACCUUUACGACAGGAAUGGGAUGUUUUAAAACAUUUAAGGAAUGACGUGAAUCAAUUAUUAGAAGUCGCUAGAAAAGACAAUUCAUUGGAGGCUAAUGUAGAAUUGUACGUGACGACUACGGAAUUAUUCAAUUUAUUACACAGACAUAAAUUGGAUUUAAAAUCUAUAUUUAUAACCUCCGAUGCAACAAUAUCAUCAUUUGACAAAGAUUCACGAUUAACUGAACCUACUCCAAGUUAUAUUCAUGAAACUGAUUUUCCUGAAGGCAUAAAAGGAAAUUGUAAAAUUGUAGUUAAAAAAGCUUCUUUAUUCAAAUGUCCUAGAUGCUGGAAUUAUAAUGCACAAAUUGAAGGUGGAUUGUGUAAAAGAUGUGAAAAUGUGUUGGCCAUAAGUUAA